UUUCCGCCGCGGCGCCGCUCUGGCCGGCUCGGGCGGCCCUCCCCGCGGGGGCGGGGCGGGCGCGGAGCGUCCCGCCCCCCGUCUGGGGCGCCCGCGGAGAGCUGGGCGCCAGGGCCGGCGCCGUACACGCCCCGAGGGGCGUGCACGGCUGCCCCACACGGGGCGCGCCUCGGGGAGCCGCCGCGCACAAAAGAGAAAAGGCGGCGCGCCCCAACGGGUCCGACAAGAAGGCCUCCGCCUCCGGGGCCACAAAGGCCGCCGGGGCGGGAGCAAGAGGGGCCGGGGCCGGCGCCGCACGGCCCGUGCACGGACGACGGCGGGGUGCAGACGCUCGGGCUCGGGAUCGCGCCGCACCGCCGAUGCUUUCACGACGCGGCGCGACCCUCCGGCCUCGAGAAGAGUCCGCCGACCGGGCCGGCGUGUGCGAGGCGCUGUCGUCGUGUUCGUCGUCGUCGCCAGUCCUAAGGACAGCUAGACACAAGCAGACAGAAGAAACGUCGCAUAAGAAACAUCAUUCAAUCCCCGAUCCUUGCGGGAGGAGAGAUAUAGAGAGAGAGAGAGGAAGGGAGGGAGAGGAGGAGGAGGAGGAGACGAGCGUAGGAAGAGUCCUGGUCACCUGCUACUACAGCCCGCGGCGGGGCGGCAGCGGGGGCGCGCCUGGCCUGAUGCACCUCUCGAUGGAGGCGCCGAAGUUGAAGGCGGCAGGCGCAGCCGCUGUUUCAUUCGUGUGAGUCGGGGCACCGUGCGACGACAGAAGGCGGGGGAGCGGGGGAGGCGCAGCAUCCGCAGCGGCAGCACUCAGGAGCGAAGGACCGAGAGGGAGGGAAGACGGCGCAGCAAAGGACAGAAAAGGGCGGCGGGGUGAAGGAGGAGGAGGAGGAGGAGGAGGAGGAGGAGGAGGAGGAGGAGGGGGAAUGCAGUAGAGGGCCCCCGAGGAGUAGACGACGGAGCAGGUGCUCCCUCUUCUGCUCUCCAAGUGGAGGACAGUGCACUGGGCAGACGGCAGGCAGAGCCGAAUUACGGGCAGAGAGAGAGAGAGAGAUCUUGUCUGCCCCCUGUGUCAGAGGCACGAUUCCCCGAGAUAGCAACGUCGCGAAAAGAGACACACGACCUCGACGUCGUGAAAAAUCGCGACGGUGUCUCCCAACCGCGUCCUCCUGCGGGACUCGCGGGCAUCAUCGAUCCGUGAGGGUCCCGGUGCCCAAGACGGGGUGCCGGAAACGUGGCGCGAGGAAAGGGGGUCCUGGUGGAGAUGGCUAAUGAACCAGGGAGCUUUUCCCUGGCCGCACAAUCAUCCUCAGUCGUGUUCUGACACUCCCGGGAUCGUGUUUUUUGACAUCCGCGGGAGCGCCACCAGCCCCGGGUUCCUUCAUGCUGAGAAGCACCAGCCAUGAUGUCGCUUUCACGACCACUGGAUCUGUG